CUGCUUAUUUUUCACAACAUUAUGCUGUACUAUGUGAUCAAUAUGUUUAAACAUCUGGCUCAAGAUACUAUUAACUCUCCUGGUCCUGUAAACACGUUCUACUAUUUACCUCUGGUGUAUGAGGAGCCUGCUGGUUCUGAAUCAAAUCACAGUUGGCAUGAAAUUCUUAGGUCUUCCAGCUGGCUCUUUUUCGAGUCCCUGUUCCGCCAUCAUUUGGCCCUGUUGUUGCCGUUUAAUUUGGCCCUCCUGGUUCCCCGCUGCAAGUUGGGCUUCAUUAGCUCUUUGGUGCUAUUGUCUAACCUGGUGAUGUUCGGAUGCUUCGCUACGGCCAUCUGCCAGCUGGUGAUUUUUACCAGCCAUGCUGCCAGCCUGCGCCUCCUCACGAUUCUGUGCCUGGGUCCCAUGUGUCAAAUGCUCCUGGUGAUGCGCCUCCUGGUCCGCAUUUGGUUCAGUAUGUGGAUUGUUGUUUGAGGAGCAGAAUUUCGUACCUCAGCCGUCAUAAUCAGUCUCCGUAGCCCGAAGUUAGUAGCUGCAAUCAAAGCAAUAAACCAACCAAAGCAACCGGCUCUUUCACUGGGAAACGCAACCGAAAAUCACUUUCACUCCGCAAACUGCCAAAACUGCAGCCAUUUAUGACAGCCCAGCAGAAAGGAAGGCUGGCCGGCGAUCUCCUGGAACGUGUGUGGCACAAGGGCCAAAAUCGCAAAA